AUGGAGGUUGAUAGUGAUAACGGACCCCUCAGUCAGUUUGCCGCGGGCGCGACUGUCGAGAAGGAUGUCUGGCCUUCGGUGCGCAGUGACAUAAUUACCAGACUCGAUAAGAUCGCACAUAACGACUUCCCGAUACCAAACCUACCACCGCCGCCUCCAGCGUACCAACCUGUUCUAGAAUCGCACAAGUCUCCGCCGCCCCCAUCGCCCCGAGCCGAAUCUUCCCCAGAAACGAGCAAGGACGCUUCGACGACCGAGUCGCUUCAUGCCACACAACCUAUCGAGGGCGCAUUACCGAAGCAGUUGGCAGAUAUGCUCAUCGACAUUACGAAACACCUCGAGACUUUCGAGACCAAUCCUCCCCACACUAUUCAACGACUCGCCGAACUGAUUCUACGGCCUAAAGCGCACUAUAAGGCGGUUGCACCUUACCUCCACGCUGUCGAUCGUGUAGUGCAAGUGACGUCAAGCACAAGCACUUAUCCUCUACCUCCACCUAUUCCCGAUAUGUCCUCAAUGCAUCUGAAUGGUGAGGAUCCCAAAGAUCCUGCAGUAUCAGUCGCAUGGAGCAACCCAACAACAGCAGCGCUGGGAACAGAUGAAGCUCUUGGAGGCGCAUUGUUGACGCCAAUCCCGUGGCUGACGAGACGUAGUCCCGAGAGUUCACAAGACACCCCUGGGGCGCAAAUUCACAGCGAGGGUACCGAGACCAUUGAGGGUCCCAACGGCGUAGGUAGCAUCGAGACCGUUUCUGUUAGUGUCAAUGGUAUUCACUCUACAGGACAUGCGCGAGGAGUUACACAAGGAGAACUCCUGCGCCAGGAACAACGUGCCGGUGUAGUGCCCGUGAGCCAGCUAUCACGAGCUCAAGAAGCUGCCCACGAAGGGGAGCGCAUGACAAUGGACGAGGAAGACGACGAAGAACCGCAAGAGGAAGAAGAGGAGGUACCCCAUGCUAGAGGGCCCGAAGAGAUCGGCAUGAGCGACACCGGACCUCAAUCUACGACGACAAGUUUUAUGUCAGAAGGCGGCAUGGGAAUGCAAGGGAUCGACGUGGAAGCAGCCGUUGGCAGAAAACACGACGAUGACGAAGAGGCCAAAGAUGAUGUUGACGCUGAUGGCGAAAUCGAUGCCAAGAGCCCCAGCGCAGAGAGCGUCGGCACGAAACGAGAGGCAGAACAAGAUCUUGAAGCAGACACCAGCAAGAAGGUGAAGGAGGAAAAUGCUGAAGCUGAAGAGAGGACCAAUGGCGAUACCUCCGAUUUGCCCAUCGUGGCGUUCCAACGUACGACUCGCUCCGAGCGGGAGCAAAGCCGCAUCGGAGUCGCUACAAGCACACGCGCCCCGAACCCUCGUCCGGGCGUAAGAGCUGGGUCAAGAGCACCGCCAACACGAUAUGGCUCUUCAAUCGCGACGCGCAAUGGCGCGGCCUCACCAACUCCAUCCGUCGCUUCAGUCGCCACUGUUAACACUAUCGGUACUAAACGUAAAGAACGUGAUUUCGAGGCCGAAGCCAGCACCCAAGAGACAAACAUCCAGGUCGUUGUUCGAUGUCGAGGACGCAAUGAGCGCGAGGUCCGAGAGAACAGUAAUGUCGUCGUGACAGCCGAUUCCGUCAGGGGAAAGGUUGUCGAGUUGUCAAUGGGCUCAAACGCUUUGAGCAAUCGUUCCUACAAUUUUGACCGCGUCUUCUCCCCAGCGGCCGAUCAGUACAUGGUUUUUGACGACACAGUGAAGCCUAUUCUAGACGAGAUGCUCUCUGGAUACAACUGCACAAUCUUCGCAUACGGACAAACAGGCACCGGCAAAACAUAUACAAUGUCUGGUGACAUGACCGAAACCAUGGGCAUGCUCUCAGACGAUGCUGGUAUCAUCCCUCGAGUGCUCCAGACCCUUUUCACCAAACUCGAGCUCGAAAACGCGGAAAGCACUAUCAAGUGCUCGUUUAUCGAACUUUACAAUGAAGAGCUCCGUGACCUGCUCGCCUCCGAUGAUGGCACUAAGCUCAAGAUUUACGACGACACAUCGCGACGAGGCCACGCCAGCACAAUUGUUCAAGGCAUGGAGGAGAAGCACAUCAAGGACGCCGCCGAGGGUGUCAAGGUGCUCCAGGAGGGCAGUUUGAAACGUCAGGUGGCGGCUACCAAGUGCAACGAUCUCAGUUCUCGAAGUCAUACAGUCUUUACUAUCACAACAUAUGUCCGAAAGCCUAAUGAGCACGGCGUUGAAGCUCUUGUCAGUGCUGGAAAGCUGAACCUUGUCGAUUUGGCUGGAAGUGAGAACAUUCAGAGAUCUGGAGCAGAGAACAAGCGCGCGACUGAAGCUGGUCUCAUCAACAAGUCUCUCUUGACCCUUGGUCGAGUCAUCAAUGCUCUUGUAGACAAGGGCUCCCACAUCCCCUACAGAGAAUCAAAGUUGACUCGUCUAUUACAAGACUCUCUCGGAGGCCGAACCAAAACUUGCAUUAUUGCCACUAUUUCACCAGCAAAGAGCAACUUGGAAGAAACAAUCUCAACACUAGAGUAUGCGUUCAGGGCGAAGAACAUCAAGAACAAACCGCAGAUGAACCCCAUGAUUGAGAAGAAGACAUUACUGAAAGAUUUUACCAUGGAAAUCGAAAGGCUCAAGAGUGAACUCAUCGCUACCCGACAGCGUAACGGUGUCUACCUUUCUAAUGAGUCAUAUGAGGAGAUGACAGCACAGAGCGAGUCCCGUCGCAUUGUCAACGAAGAACAAUCUGCUAAACUUGAAACCCUGGAAAAGAACCUGCGCAACAAGGUCCAAGAGCUCUUCAGCCUCCAAUCUACGUUUUUGGGUCUCAAGAAGGAUCACGAGGGCACGAGGGCCCAGUUGGACGAUACCAAGGAGGUACUGGACCAGACCGAGAUUGUUCUAUCAGCAACACGACAGUCACUCUCUGAGGAGACCAAGAUCAGAAAGGCGCACCAAAAGACGGAACAGAAGCUUACCGAAGUCGGCGGAGAACUCAUCGAGAAGUUGCACAAGACCGUAAGUGAUGUUGGUGGUCUUCAUGCCAAAAACAGGCGGAAAUCGGAUCUACAGUCUAUCAACCGAAACACGUGGACCACAUCCCAGAACCAAGUUGCUGAUGUGACAGCCAUGGUCGAGCGCCGAAUUGGAGAGUUCCAGGAGGAACAGCAAGAGCAUAUCGCUUCUGUCGGACAGCGUAUGGGCAGCUUUGUCGACGAGGAGCUACGUAAGCUAUCAACUACACAAGCGUUCCUCGAUGAGCACUUGAGUACCUUUGCCGAAUCAAGGAAAGAAUUGCUCGAAUCUAAGCAAAAGUCAAAGGAUGAUAUGGAUGGAGUUUUGGAGGGGAUCAAAGUAGUUCGUGAUACAGUUAAAGAGCGAAUGGGAGAGAACUUGCAGUCUAUCUCUCAAUCUGCCGAGAGAAUAGCAGCGGAUAUGAUGAACGAAAUGACCGCUUUCCAUGGACAGCUCCAUAACUCCUAUAGUGAGCUUGGAAAGGAUUUCAAGUCUGUUUUUGAAGAACUCGUUAAGCAUAUCACAGCCCAGCGAGCUGAGUGCGAUAACUUGAAGCAACAACUACAAUCCGCCACCAGCACAAUCGUGCUGCAGAAUGCUACCAUCUCUUCUCGAAUCCAAGAUGCCCUAACUGAGGAGCGCCGCCUGGCUGUUGACGAUCGUCAGAAUCUCAUGGCUCAGAUCUCGACUCUCAUCAACGCCCAGGCUGAGACCCAGGAGUCGCGUCUCCAGGCCAAGGCCUCUGAGAUCCAGAAAACUAUCACUUCUACCAGCACCAGCCUCGAGCAGGCCGUUGAAUCAUAUGGUGAGGGCAUGUCUUCAUGGGAUCUCAAGGAAGGCGAAAUGUUGGAGGAGGUCAAGAAGUCCCGGGACCAGCUGAAGACGAAGCUUCAGGAUGACUGGACAGCCGCCGAUGACCACAGCAGCUCCAUUCAAGCUACUGCAAAGUCUGUCCAUGCUGAGACUGUUCGUGCUGUCGAUGAACAAAUUAAGGACCUCGAUGUUCAGAUGGAAGCUCUUGACGAUUUCGUCACUCGUGCGAGAACUGAAAACGGUCACCACCACGAAACUCACAACGAAUCUGUCAAGGCUUUGUCCAGUACCGUCGAGGAGUCCUUUGGAAAUAUUUCUGCUCACUUCAAAUCCACGUUCGAUCGCGUCAAAAACCUUGGCGAGGAAAUGGAGGUUGACCUUGGCGAUCUUCAGGAAGUUCUGGAACCUAUGAAGGAUCAGCUCUGCCAGCCUCUUUCCAAUCUACGUGAAGAUAUCACUGGCGCAGCUCUCCAAGAAUACCAGCCCACUGGCGAAACCCCUGCAAAAGUCCAGUACCACUACCCGACCGAUCUCCCCCGCACCGAAGACCACGAUCUCAUCAUUUCAAGUAUUGACGAAGUCAUCACCCCAACAAGGAACAGCGAGUCAACUGACAAGGACGCUACAAUUGUCUUUGCCGACCUCGACUCCUCCCCUCACAAGAUGAUGACUUCUCCAGUUCGCCCAGCAACUCGUAUGUCCAUGGCUAGCGCCUCUGAGCACAUGGGUAUGCCCUCUAGUCUUCGGGAGGUGAACCCCAAUGUGCCAGGUAACGUCACAACGGGUUCCGUCAACUACAACCCUCGCGCCAGCAUAAUAUCCAUGCCUCCCGAGCGCACGAUGCCUCUAUUUAAGCGCCCUACGCGUGUGACUCGCAGCACGAAGAAGGUUGGUAGCAGGGACCCCAUCAUCUCCGAGGGCGGCGAGAACGUACUUCCGACGGCGCUCGAGGAGAGUUUGGCUAGGAGGAAGAGUCCUAGAAUCAACUAG